CCUCUGCAUGGAGACUUUUUUUAGGAGACACUUCCAGUGGAAGGCACCAGGCCCUGGAGAGGGGCAGCUGCGGCCCAGUGGCAUGGGGCUGCCUACCAGCAAGGCUCGGCGCCGUUCCCCUGCUGGGCAGGCCUCCUCCUUGCUAGCACAGCGCCGCCGCUCCAGCGCACAGCUUCAGGGCUGCCUCCCGGGCUGUAGGAUGCGGGCCCAGGGAGCCAGCCGCCGCCGCUCCAGCACCACACCCCCCACCCACAACCCCCGCUUCAUUGUGUAUAAGGUGCCCACCCCACAACCUGCCACCGUUGGGGCUCAGCUUCUGGGUGCACCCCUCCUGUUGGCUGGACUUGUGGGCAUGAGUGAGGAGGAAGAGGGGGUCCAGGAGGAGGAUGUGACAGUUGCAGCAUUGAGUACCACCCAGCAAGAUACCAAGAGACCUGGGCCAUCCCCACAUCGGGUUGCCCGGACCCUACUGCCUGUGCCCCGUUGCCUGCGUGGGCACCGAACCUCCUCCCACCGGCUCCCUGCUGAAAUGGUGUAUGACCCCACCCUCUGGGGCCUUCAUGGUUAUUAUCGGCGCCUCAGCCAGCAGCGACCCUCAGGCCAGCACCCUGGCCCUGGGGGCCGAAAAGCCCCAGGCACCACAGCUAGCCCCAUGAUGCCCACCCGUGUGCGCCCACUCUCCCGCAGGCGCCAGGUAGCCCUACGGCGCAAGUCAGCUGGACCCCAGGCCUGGAGCGCCCUGCUUGCGAAAGCCAUCACCAAGUCGGGCCUCCAGCACCUGGCACCCCCUCCUCCUGCUCUCGGGGCCCCGUGCAGCGGCGAUCCAGAGCGGCAGAUUCGGAGCAUUGUGGACUGGAGUGAGUCGGCAACAUAUGGGGAGCACAUCUGGUUCGAGACCAACGUGUCUGGGGACUUCUGCUACGUGGGAGAACAGUACUGUGUAGCUAAGAUGCUGCAGAAAUCAGUGCCCCGGAGAAAGUGCGCAGCCUGCAAGAUUGUGGUGCACACCCCCUGCAUUGAACAGCUGGAAAAGAUAAAUUUCCGCUGUAAGCCGUCCUUCCGUGAAUCAGGCUCCAGGAAUGUCCGUGAGCCAACCUUUGUGCGGCACCACUGGGUACACAGGCGACGCCAGGAUGGCAAGUGUCGACACUGUGGGAAGGGCUUCCAGCAGAAGUUCACCUUCCACAGCAAGGAGAUUGUGGCCAUCAGUUGUUCCUGGUGCAAGCAAGCAUACCACAGCAAGGUAUCCUGCUUCAUGCUGCAGCAGAUUGAGGAGCCAUGCUCCCUGGGUGUCCACGCAGCUGUGGUCAUCCCGCCCACCUGGAUCCUCCGUGCCCGCAGGCCCCAGAACACCCUCAAGGCAAGCAAGAAGAAAAAGAGAGCAUCCUUCAAGAGGAAGUCCAGCAAGAAAGGUCCCGAGGAGGGACGCUGGAGACCCUUCAUCAUCAGGCCCACCCCGUCCCCCCUCAUGAAGCCCCUGCUGGUGUUUGUGAACCCCAAAAGUGGGGGCAACCAGGGUGCAAAAAUCAUCCAGUCUUUCCUCUGGUAUCUCAAUCCCCGACAAGUCUUUGACCUGAGCCAGGGAGGGCCCAGGGAGGCGCUGGAGAUGUACCGCAAAGUGCACAACCUGCGGAUCCUGGCGUGCGGGGGUGAUGGCACAGUCGGCUGGAUCCUCUCCACCCUGGACCAGCUGCGCUUAAAGCCACCACCGCCUGUUGCCAUCCUGCCCCUGGGCACUGGCAAUGACUUGGCCCGCACCCUCAACUGGGGCGGGGGCUACACAGAUGAGCCUGUGUCCAAGAUCCUCUCCCACGUGGAGGAGGGGAACGUGGUGCAGCUGGACCGCUGGGACCUCCGUGUCGAGCCCAACCCUGAGGAGGGGCCUGAAGAGCGUGAUGAGGGUGCCACUGACCGGCUGCCUCUGGAUGUCUUCAACAACUACUUCAGCCUAGGCUUUGAUGCCCACGUCACCCUGGAGUUUCACGAGUCUCGAGAGGCCAACCCAGAGAAAUUCAACAGCCGCUUUCGGAACAAGAUGUUUUAUGCCGGGACAGCCUUCUCCGACUUCCUGAUGGGCAGCUCCAAGGACUUGGCCAAGCACAUCCGAGUGGUGUGUGAUGGAACUGACCUGACCCCCAAGAUUCAGGACCUGAAACCCCAGUGCAUUGUUUUCCUGAACAUCCCCAGGUACUGUGCAGGCACCAUGCCCUGGGGCCACCCUGGGGAGCACCAUGACUUUGAGCCCCAGCGACAUGAUGACGGCUACCUCGAAGUCAUUGGCUUCACCAUGACGUCCCUGGCGGCCCUGCAGGUGGGUGGGCAUGGUGAGCGUCUGACGCAGUGCCGGGAGGUGGUGCUCACCACAUCCAAGGCCAUCCCAGUGCAGGUGGAUGGCGAGCCCUGCAAGCUGGUCGCCUCGCGCAUUCGCAUCACCCUGCGCAACCAGGCCACCAUGGUGCAGAAGGCCAAACGGCGCAGCGCCACACCCCUGCACAGCGACCAGCAGCAGGUUCCUGAGCAGCUACGGAUCCAGGUGAGCAGAGUCAGCAUGCACGACUACGAGGCCCUGCAUUACGAUAAGGAGCAGCUCAAGGAGGCCUCUGUGCCACUGGGCACUGUGGUGGUCCCAGGAGACAGUGACCUAGAGCUCUGCCGUGUCCACAUUGAGAGGCUCCAGCAGGAACCCGAAGGUGCUGGAGCCGAGUCCCCGACAUGCCAGAAACUGUCCCCCAAGUGGUGCUUCCUGGACGCCACGACUGCCAGCCGCUUUUACAGGAUUGACCGGGCCCAGGAACACCUCAACUAUGUGACUGAGAUUGCACAGGAUGAGAUUUAUAUCCUGGACCCAGAGCUGCUGGGGGCAUCGGCCCGGCCUGACCUCCCAACCCCCACUUCUCCUCUCCCCACAUCCCCCUGCUCGCCCACACCCCGGUCACUGCCAGGGGAUGCUGCACCCCCUAAAGGUGAAGAGCUGGUUGAGGCUGCCAAGAGGAACGACUUCUGUAAGCUCCAGGAGCUGCACCGAGCUGGGGGGGACCUCAUGCACCGGGAUGAUCAGAGUCGCACGCUUCUGCACCAUGCCGUCAGCACUGGCAGCAAAGAAGUGGUCCGCUACCUGCUGGACCAUGCCCCCCAAGAGAUCCUUGAUGCUGUAGAGGAGAACGGGGAGACCUGUUUACACCAGGCAGCGGCCCUGGGCCAGCGCACCAUCUGCCACUACAUCGUGGAGGCAGGGGCCUCACUCAUGAAGACAGAUCAGCAGGGUGACACUCCCAGGCAGCGGGCGGAGAAGGCUCAGGACACGGAGCUGGCUGCCUACCUGGAGAACAGGCAGCACUACCAGAUGAUCCAGCGGGAGGACCAGGAGACAGCUGUGUAGCUGAGGCCAGUGCUGAGGAGGGACAGGACGGCCAGAGCACAAGCCCCCUUUUCACCCACCUCACUGCCACAUUCCAGUGGGACAGCCACAGGGGGACCCGUGCCCCAGGGAAGGAGCCCCUGCGCUCCCUGAGGAGCCACCCAAGCCUAAGGCUGGACGGAGGAGCUGGAGCAUCUCACCUGUACCCCUGAGCCCUGGCCUGACCUGAAGGCUUAGACGGGAACAGGAAACUGGACUGGACGGGGCAGGCCUUUGGGGAGCUGGGCUGGCACUGCAGGGCGGCCCUCACUCCAUGCGUGCCCUCCCUGGAGUUGGGAGCCAGGGGCGGAGGGCAGAGGGGCUUGAAGCUCCAUCAGGAAGCCUUCCUAAGCUACCUGCUCCCUAAGAGCCCUGCUCUGAGGCUCCUGGAGCUCAGCUCCCACUCCUGCCCUGGCCCCACUCUUCCUAGGACUUCCUCCCAGAAACCUGGAGCCUGCUGCAUUUGCCUCCCCGCUGCCCUGCUUGGCACCUACCCCACUGACCUUCCCCAGUCAUUUCAUGGACGACUCUGUGGCCUGGGGCUUGGGGUGGGGCUCUCACGGUGACUUGUUUACA